AUGGCCAACUCCAAAUUUGAAUACGUCAAGAACUUUGAACAGCCUGACUUCCUGCUACCAAAUACUUGGAUUGUUGUCCGCAUAGACGGGAGAGGUUUCACAAAACUCUGCGCCAAAUAUGCAUUCGAGAAGCCAAACGAUAAGAGGGCGCUCGACCUCAUGAACGCCGCUGCAAGAGUGGUCGUGACGGAGCUCCCGGACAUCACCAUUGCGUAUGGUGUGAGCGACGAGUACAGCUUCGUGUUCCAUAAGUCAUGUACGCUGUUCGAGAGACGAGCGAGUAAACUCGUGAGCACAGUAGUGUCAACGUUUACGGCCAACUACAUCCACCUGUGGUCAUCAUACUUCACCGACACCCCGCUUUCGCCCCCUCUCCCCAGCUUUGACGGCCGGGCGGUAUGCUAUCCCACGGUAACGAACCUAAGGGACUACAUGAGCUGGCGGCAAGUUGAUUGCCACAUUAACAACCUCUACAACACAACCUUCUGGGCUCUCAUCCAGCUAGGUGGUCUUGAAAACAGAGAGGCGGAGAAGCUUCUGGCCGGCACUGUCUCCGGAGAUAAGAAUGAGAUACUCUUCUCAAAGUUCAAGAUCAACUACAACAACGAACCGGAAAUGUACAAGAAAGGCAGCGUCGUCUUCCGUGAUUACGAACUAGUCGAGCCGGGCACGCACAACGCCGCCGAGGCCGCUGACGCGAUGGCCGAGCCGGAGGAGCAGAGCAAGACCCAAGCGGAAAAGGACAAGAAGAAGAGGAGCAAGGCCAGGGUCGUCAUCGAGCACCUCGAUAUCAUCAAGGACGACUUUUGGGACCGGCGGCCGUGGCUCCUUUCCAAUAAGCCUGGAAAGACGCCCAAGGAACCUUGA